GUCAAACUCCACGCCGUGGUGCCCUUCACGUAGGCCUACACGGCAGUCCUGUUAGGCCGGCCUGGCCGGGGUACCACUUUUGGUCCUGUGAAGACUUCAAUCAAAAAUUUAUCCUCCGUGCAUUGAUAGGACAAGCUCCUAUGUUUAUCAUCCCUACUCAUAAUCAAAGGAAACGACAACAUGAUCAUGGAAGAAGCUUCUCGUCACACAAGGUAUGCCCGUCCCAAGGAUUACUGGUGGAGUAGUAAACACGUCUACCCAGACAAACCAAGGAUCACCUGUCCUUCCAUCUCUCGCUGGGUCGUACUGCGCAGUAAACGGGUAUUGUCAACUCCAAUAUGCCGAUCAAUUCUUUUUGUAUUGACAUUAAUGGUCCUGACUUCAGUCAUGCUCAGUAGUCCAACCACCGAUUUCGAGAUGGAUGACAGGAGGGAGAAUGUACUAUUACGCAAAAGUACUCCUAAAAUGGCCAGUGUGAGGUCGACAGCAAUCAACAAUACGAGAUUAAAAGAAGUUGACGAGCGUGUUGAACAAACAACUAACUGGACAAUCAAAGAUGAGUCCCAGCCAACAACUGAAUCUUUCGGUCCGGCUAGGUAG